AUGAAUGCAUUUCGCAGCAAAACACCCUACAACUUUGAAGACCACAAGCUUUCAUUCUAUCCGGACGUCUCUAGAGAGAUUAUGACCUGGCGUCGAUCAUUGAGACCACUAACCAUGGAACUUACGAAAAACAACGUGCCCUACAAGUGAGGGGCCCCACGGUGUCUCUUGAUACCCUGCAAAAUCAUGGACACCUCAGAGAUAACUUGUAUACUGCAGCAGCUGAAGUUGUCCCCUACUACAGUGGUCUCACAGUCCCCAACGCAUCGGCCUCAACCCACCACCUGGGAUCCCGCUGGGGCUCGCCCUUUUGUGCCAUCCGCCCAACGGAGUACCUCUGCACCGAUGGCGAUCUCUUGAGCACCAAUCCUGCAUUUGCAAUCAUUUCUAUUGUUCUUAUGGUUUUUUUUUCUAAUGCAUGUUUGCAAGUUUAUUAAUGUUGUUCCAUAUGCCAAGACAGGAAAUACACUCCUCCACACAACACCCGCUGGCUAAGGGUCUCCCCUUACUCCCCCCCACUCUCACCCACUCUAUUGGAAGUUACUCUCAUAGUUACAGGAAAGUGGGUGAUAGCCCCUAAACCUAUUGUAUAUGUCCUAUGGUUAUGAUCCUCUUGCCAAGUAGAGGGGGACACAGCCUGUUCUUCCACUCUAGGCCAAAUACUAGCACACUUUACACUCUCCAGGGGUAGUAGUUUCAGUAAAACUGUUCCAAAGCUAACUACUAUUACCAAAACUCUUCAUUCCUAAUGUACAAGCUACAGGUUCCGGCAGCACUUGAUAGAUUAUGUUUACCAUGGCUAUUUGUGUUAUCUAUACAUAAAAAUGUGCUGAACAAUGUAUACACUGAUUAUGUACUGAUAUGUUUACAUCACUGUACAUUUUGACAUGUAUACGGUCUUAUCUUUGUCACCACUGAGCAUGACAAAAGAAAUUUAAUUUUUUUUUUUAAAGUAUGAGAAAUUUAAAAAAUUUCUUUUUUUUUUUUUUAGUUCUGCAUGGCAUUUUAACUGUGGAUGUUAUAAUACUGUUAAAUAACUUUUUCUGAAAUAAAAUACACAUAUUUGUAUUCAGCUUUGUCUCAAGUAUAACAGUAACCCCCAUGUACAGGUUUUAUGGUGUUCUAGAAGUUACAGGGUUACAUAUAGCACAUGCUCCAUUUUUCAGUUUAUAGAAUUUGAAAGUUACUGAUUAAAUUGCCUUCAGACCGUAUAGUAGCCCAAGAAUCAGAAUUACUCUCAUGGUGGUAUACCAUUUGCAAAAGUAGACAAGCCAAGGUAUUGCAAAUGGGGUAUGUCCAGUCUUUUUUUAGUGGUCAAUUUGUCACGAACACUGGCCAACAUUGGCGUUUAUAUUUUAUUUAUUUUUUUGACCCUGUAACUUUCGUAAAAACACUAUAAAACCUGUACAUAAGGGGUACUGUUAUACUUGGGAGACUUUGCUGAGCACAAAUAUUAGUGUUUUAAAAACAGAAAAAAAAUCACAACCAUGAUAUCGUCAGCGAAAGUGACUGGGAUGUCACGCAGUGCCCAGAAUCGUGACCGACGGCAGGGACCCAGUAAUUACUAAGGACGCCAGGGACGUUCGAUGCCAUCUUUAAAGGACAUGUCCUAAACGCCUUAAGGGAUUAAUUCUACUGAGUGGUAGUAUGAAUUAGAACAUUUUAAAGCAUCCAUGUUAGCAUACACAAAUCAGCCUUUAUUUGGUAGUUUAGGUAACUUUCUAUAGACGCAUACAGCUGUAUAAUUAAUGUAUUAAUUAAAUCGAAACAUUAUAAGAAGUAAUUGUACUCCAACUUUUACAUUUGGUAAUGUUUGUAUUUUAACUAGUUUUUAAAGGACCACUAUAGUGCCAGGAAAACAAACCUAUUUUUCAUGGCACUAUAGGGUAUUUAGGUUGCCCCCAACCUUAAGGGUCCCACUCCCACUGCGCUGAAGGGGUUUAACACUUACCUUUCUCCAGCGCUGGGCUCCCUCGAUGCUGGUCACCUCUCCUCCCUCUGCCAACAUCAGUGCCGAAUGCGCAUGCGCGGCAAGAGUUACACACGCAUUCAAACAGUCCAUAGGAAACACUCCAUUUCUUAAAUGCUUUCCUAUGGACGUCCAGCGUCUUCUCACUGUGAUUUUCACAGUGAGAACUGUGGAGGUGUCUCUAGCGGCUGUCAGUGAGACAGCCACUAGAGGCUGGAUUAACCCUAGUGCAAACAUAGAGCUGAAGUGGUCUGGGUGCCUAUAGUGGUCCUUUAAGCAAAAUGAAUAAAGAAUAUCCAUGUAGCAAAAAGAAGUCAAAGCCUUUUAAUAAAAAUGUGUGCAGCAUUUGAAUGUGGAUAAAAUCAUAUUUAACAAACAAGGGGUGUACACUCAAACAAUACAAAUUAAGCUCAACACUUAUGUGGAGGAUCCCCUUAACCUUCACAAACACCAAUAGUCUAAAACAAAGAUAAUAAGUGGAGCUCUAUAAUACCUGGGAUACUUGAAUAUAUGGCAGAUGUAUUCAAUGAUAUGCCUUUACAAUAAUCUGUAAAUGAUAUAUAACAUACACAUUGUAAAGGCAUAUCAUUGAAUACAUCUGCCAUAUAUUCAAGUAUCCCAGGUAUUAUAGAGCUCCACUUAUUAUCUUUGUUUUAGUUUUGAUAAAAUCAUAUUUGUUUACUCUGUUUUUAGAUACUUACUAUCACUGUUUGUAAAGUUUAGUAAUUUAUAUAUCAAUUUCAUAAUGCUAGUUUACAUUCAUUUACUUAAUUUCUCAAGUAUAACCACAGGAAAUGUUAGUUCUUAAACAGUUGUGGAAAUGCAGUAAAUCAGACAGAUUCAAAGCUGGAGAUUAUGGGCUAUGGGUAAUUACGGGUACAUUUACAGUUUUAAUAGAAGCUGACGGUACUGGUAUUAAACGUUGUGACCUCUUGCUUCCUCCCUGCAGAUCCGCUACAUCACAGAGACCCAGGGUUUGCCUCCUGAUAACAUGCUUGAUAGGGGAAUAAAGACCGAGUUUUACUUUAGAAUCGAAGGCGAUUGUGAGGAUUUAUUAUGGAGUUUGAAGGUGCGACCUUCUAUAUUAAUCAGAACCAUAUUUAUAAAAAAUAAAUGACAUGUAAAACCUUCAGGAAAUGGGGCUAAGCAAAUCCUAUGAUAUCACGAUAGUCCCAGUAAAUGAUCUGCCAUGAACUGGUUAAAGCAACAUUUCAGGAUUUGUAUUUAAUAUAUUUUAUUAAGCCAGAUUAAGUUUUACACACUUACAUUCAGAAGUUCUGAUGUGAUAAAAUUGAAAUAAUAGUUCCUCCAUAAAGAGUUUUAACUAGCCCCCCUUUUCUCUGUCAGCUUUGCAGCCAUUUUAUAAAUAAACUUUCACAACCACAUGGUAAAUAAAAAAACUAAACUGUUUAGACUCAGGGAAAGCUGCUGGGUCAGGUUAUGUUAAGACGUGUUUAUUGGUUUCGUUCUAACAUUAGCAGGAAACUUAUUGAGACACUGUAGAAUGCUACACUGAAUGAUGGUCUCAUUCCAGAACCUAAUGGACAAUCUUGUUUAUCCUCUUCUUUAGAGUAAAAUACACUACGAAUAUGACACUGGUAUUAGACCAAUGGAAAGAUGGAAAUAUGUCUUCAGUUCGCUUGAUGAUAUGAGGAAGGUACUGUAUUCCUGGGUCACUCACAUUAAUCCAAAAUCACAUGGCAUCUUCCUCUCACCCAUGUGCCAUUCUCUGUGGUUUAGAAGAAGAAAUCUUACUUAAAAAAUUGGUUGGUCAAGCACAGAGGAGGUGGUGGAACAAUCUCUUCGUGCUUAGCUUGUAUGCGCAUUGUUUGUACGGGAAAACUUAAAACAUUUUACACCUCUAGAUAAGCAAUCUUAAAAAAAAUUUUGUCUAUGCUCGUAUGCACUUCAGUUAGGUCAUAAUGUAUGGGUGUUACAUUUUCACUUUUUUAAUAUGUAUUUUUUUGAAAUGUAUCACAUAUAUAUAUAUAUAUAUAUAUAUAUAUAAUGAAAAUAUAAAAGAGGAAUCCCUUACUUGAUUUUUGCACCCCUGUCUUAUCUUCAGAGACCUAUCUUGUUACAAGUAUCUGAUGAUCUGUCUAGAACCUUUACCAGCGUUGUAGGUGACAUUGUAGCUUUUUACCCCUGAGCCUACCAAACACUACAGAAGUUGGGAGGUUGGUAGGGAGUACAGAGAAGCAGUAACUGUAGUUACUGCCUUUACCCUUAAUGUUGGCCCUAUGACACUGAAAGAAACGUAUCGCUUUUUAAUGAAUACUAACCUCACCAAAAUAAAACAUUGUCUCAUACACUGUUUCUUUCUCUUCAGAUAAUUUUACCAUCAAAGUUGGAGAGCAGUGACACGCUGGUGGAGAUGACAGACAUAUGGCAGUUUCUUGAUCUAAUGAAGGAAAUGCUCACUAUGGAUCCCCACAAGAGGAUAACUCCCAUAGACCUUCUCAGCCAUCCCUUCAUCACCAUGGUUCAUCUCCAGCACUUCACGCGGAGUUCAUAGUAUGUGAUUUUCCUUGUGCACUGGGAAGGUUGGUGGGGAAGUAAGUAUCAAUGUGGUAGUAGGAGGAUCAAUCGUAUUCAUAACUAAUAUAGGGAGCUAUAUUUAUCUACAAGAAUAUGUAGAACGCUAUAAAUUGUAUGAGUAACCUCCAGUACUCUAGCUUUUUUGCCGCCUUUCGUGAUGGUUCAUAGUUUAAAGGAAGACUUCAGGCAUACUGCUAUGGCUCUCAGCAUUAUAAGUAGUCACACCGCUCACCACCUCCUCUCUGCAGCCAUGAGAGGUAAAGGUUUAGCUCAGAGAGAGAGAGAGAGAGAGAGAGCUUCCUGCUCUGUGAAGGGUGUAGUGGAGGCAAACAGCAGCACCUGGGGGAACCCAGGUAAGAAGUCAAACUGUCCUAAAAAAGAUUUGAUUACUUACAUUGUGGGGUGUCAGGGUAAUCCUAGCACGAUAAUCACUGCACAACACUGAUUGGUUAAGGUGCUUGGAAUGUUCCCGUGAAGAAUAUUGCAAGAGUAUUUGUAACUUUAAACAGCAGCUAAAAUUAUGUCUUCGGGUCUGAGAAGGAAAGUUUUAUUCAACGAUUCAUUUGAGUAUUCUUCCUCAUUUGUUCCCAUUCUUCCAUAACUGUUUACUCUUUUAUUUCUUCAAAAUGUUUAUCAUUUACUUUUUCCUGUGACAUUCUUCCUUUUUAUAUCAUUUAAUCUCACUGUCUUUCUCUCUUUUCCCAGUGUAAAUCCUUGCUUCCAGGCCAUGAAGAUCAGCAAAGAACAGGUGAGUAUAGUGACAGUCCCCCUUAUGAUCCCCUAAAAACCAGUAGGAACUGUUAGGGGUGUCCAGUAAUGUGCAGCUGAGGAUGUAAUGUUUUCUCCAGCUUGUGGGAUGGGGAUCACAUUUCAAAAGUGUAAUUAUAACAUAAACACAGACACAAAACUGAUAAAGGUAUGAUAUUCUAUUUUACUGAACAAACUUAGUAUUUAUGAAAAAAUGGCAAUUUAAUGUGUUAACACAGAGCAGCAAAUUCCGGCAUUUAUUUUGUCUCAUUAUACUAUGAUACAGGAGGUGUGUCCCGAGUCUCCAGAAAUGGAGACAGAGUCGCAGAAUGAAGAGAACAAGGAGGAACAGCUAAUAGAAGAAGAUUCUGGGAAGAAAGGAAAGAAAGAAAAGAAUUAUAACAAACGACUUCUGAAACUUGUAAGUGCUCCCAAGGGUGUACCUGGGAACUGCUGAGAUCUGGUGUAAGAAUCAAAGAAUCUCAGACCCCCUCUCAGCAAUACAUCUGAGUGGGAUGAUGGGAUGAGUCUGACUGUGUGUGUAGUUCGCUGAUUGUAUCUAACGUUAAAGGGAUACUCUGGCCACCAUAACAACUUCAUCAAUUGAAGUUGUUAUGGUACCAGGAAGUCCUAUGUGCCUUCCUACCUUAAAGGGUUAAACCAUCUAUGAAGGGUUUAACCCUGUCUGCUCUGCCCAGUGCCUUCAACCAAUUCUGCAUUCAAUCAGGAGGCCCCUAUUCAUAAAACUGAGUGCAAAAUGUACAUUUUAUGAAUGGGUUCUGUUUGUAAUCGGUGUGCUGUGAAUUCAGGGGUGAAUCAGUGUGAACUGCUUAUAAAUGUCAAUGUAGAGUAUUUCUGAAAAGAAUGUCAAUGUGUUUCUAGAAAAGCAAGGUGUGUUUGUGUGCAAUUAAUAUAAGUGUGUAUUUGUGUGUUGCUUUUUUUUUUUUUUGCAUUUUCUUUUUGUUGAUCGGAGGAACUCCAGGGCUCAGUCGCAUUAAUUUGUGCUAUUUUUAUUUUUUAAAUCUAUGUAUAAAUAAAAUACACAGUGUCACACAUCAUUACUAUGAAAGUUGAAACAUGACAAUGUCCAAGGGAUUCAUUAAUUAAUACAUUCUGAUUUUGUUUUCCUUUUGACUUGUAGCAUGUAGAUGCUCUCGUACUUGCAAACCAAGUGGGCUUAUCAAAGAAAAUAACUAGCCAAACUGAGGCUGAGCCCCUGGGAAUGUGUGACAGUUCCCCACUGCCACAGAUCGAGAUCCAAGACCAGGUAAGCAUGUACGCAAUGUGGCAGAUUAGUCCUUAAGAUUUUGGGGUCAUUAGAUAUUGACUAGAGGUAGAAACUUUACUGAGGAAAAAUCCCUGAACUUUCUCACUACCAACAAUUAAACUAUCUGACCCCUGAUCAAUCGGGCUUUCGCCAGAAUCACUCCACUACAACUGCCCUCCUAAAAGUUUGCAAUGACAUCCAAACUGGCAUGGAACAAGGAGCCCUAACUGGAGCUAUUUUCCUUGAUUUUGCUAAGGCCUUUGACACAGUAGACCACGACAUCCUACUGCACAAACUCGAAAACUCAGGUAUUGGUGAUCAUUCUUUAAACUGGUUUCGAUCGUAUGUAUCGGAUCGCUCACAAUAUGUGUCCAUUUCUGACAGUGACUCCCUCCCUCUCCCAGUCACGUGUGGUGUUCCCCAGGGUUCCAUUCUCGGCCCCCUACUAUUUACAUUAUUUAUAAAUGAUCUGCCUAAUGUCUGCCAAUCCUCAAAUGUACACAUGUACGCAGAUGACACGGUAAUCUAUGCGAGCAAAUCCAAUCUACCUCAACUUGAGGCUUUGCUCCAAGACCAGUUUACAGAGGUAGAAAAGUGGAUCGCAAAAAACAAACUCUUCCUGAACACUGACAAAACUGUCACAAUGAUCUUUGGAACGGUACCUAAAUUACACAAAUUACACAAUCCCCACCUAUCCAUCAAAACAAAUUCAAAUGGCACACUGACCGCGGUCCACUCUUUCAAAUACUUGGGUAUGAUAUUAGACCCCAAUCUAUCUUUUAGCCUGCACAUAGAAAAGCUUGCAUCUAAACUUUAUCCAAAAUUAGGUGCCCUGUACAGAAACAAAGCCUGCCUAAGCCCUACAGUAAAGGAAAAGAUUGUACAGCAAAUGCUGAUGCCAAUCAUUGAUUAUGGGGAUGUAGUAUAUGCGUCUGCAUCGCAAUCCCACAUUAAUAAACUCAACACAUUGUAUAACUCGUUCUGCAGAUUUGUGCUACAAUGUAAUUACAGGACCCAUCAUUGUGACAUGCUAAAGGAACUAAACUGGCUGUCGCUGGAAUCCAGACGCACCCUUCAUCUUUCCAGCCUUGUUUUUAAGAGCUUUUCUGGGAAACUCACACCCUACCUGAACAAAAUGCUUUCCCCAGCUGUUCCCACUUUCUAUAACCUCCGAUCCAGUACAAGCACUUUACUUAGUCUACCUCAAUACAAAAAGAAAGCGGCCCGAUCCUCCUUCUCCUACAGAGCGCCGCAAUUGUGGAACGACCUCCCGCACAAUUUAAAAUCUUCCCUAAGCCUAAAGUCAUUUAAGAGAUCCCUCUCUACAUACCUCAAAACAGAAUGCACGUGUCAUGGUUGAUUAUAUAUUUCCUGCCUGUUCUAUGUUAAAUUUUGUAUAUAUUGUGUAUUAAUAUUGUUUUUGUAUUUUGUUGUACCUAAUGUAACAAUGCAAUGAUUUGUGGACCCAGGACAUACUUGAAAACGAGAGAAAUCUCAAUGUAUCUUUCCUGGUAAAAUAUUUUAUAAAUAAAUAAAUAAAUAAAUAAAUAAAUACCAGGGAAAGAAAGAUGGCAAUUCUCUCUCUAAUACAGAAAGAAAGAUCUUAAUACUAUAGUAUCUUAAUAAUAUUUAAUGUCAUGGUUGUAGGGAUAAAUUGCUUAUUCUGCUUUGAGAAUUGUAUUACUGUGUGUGAUGAUUUAUCACCUUCCCAUGUGUGUCACUGUGAUACACUAUACACCAGGGGAAGGCAACCUUUGGCAGUCCAGAUGUUCUGCACUACAUCUUCCGUGAUGCAUUGCCAGCUUUAUGGGUGUAAAAGCAUUCUGAAAGACUAAGUAAUUUAUCCUUAGAACCGUAGCAUUAACCCCAUGUCACAUAGCACAUUGUGUUGACUUACAGUUUUCUGUGUAUAUUCACCUUCUAUUUUAUUCCUCUCCUUACAGAGAAAUGUAUAUAUAUAUUUACACAAACGCAUAUAUACAUACACACACACACACACACACACAAAAUCUAUAUUACACACCCAAUGAUAAUGAAUAGAAAUGCACAAUGGGCUCCGUUAAUGAAUAUAUUCUGAUUUUUUUCUUUUCUUUUUGUGGGUAGCAGGCUCAGGAUGGACCUUUACUGGAAAAGUCAAGCGAAUCUGAGGAGAACUGUGAAGUAGUUGCAGAGGAUGUGGUACCUGACACCCAGGAAAGACCAGCUCAGAGCAAGAAGGAAAUAAAACAAAAUCGAAAUCCUGAGUGAGUCAGAUGAAGGCGACAAAGAAGAGGAGGGGGGAAAAAAGAAAAAUAGGGGAUCCUGCCUGAGACGGGUGCUGCUGCAUCCCCAGAAAACCAAAGAAAGUAAAGGUGAACACACCCGAGACCACAGAUGUCAUCAUAUUUCAGGUCCAUGGACUUCACAAUUUCAGCGGUGAAUGCAGCACAGAGAGCGAAGCUGCAGCUUCCACCCACUCCUCUCUGCCAUCGGAGUGAAGUGGAGGUCUGCCGCAGAAAUGGAAAUGUGUCAACGACCUGUCUCGAAUGUGAAUGA